GGGGCGGCGGGCGGGGUCCUGCGCCUGCGACCCAGUGGCCGGCGCCCGCCCGCGAGCUGUGAGGGAAACCGAGGCGGGCGGGCGCCGGGCGGGGGCGCCGCCUCUCCGGAGGGUCCGUGGGGACCCUCGGCGGAGCAGCAGGACAAGCUGCACGGCCCGGAGGGGCGCGAGCCGCAGGAGCGCUGGACUCGGGACCCGAGGUCCGCGGUCUGGUUCCCGGCGCCGCCUCUGCGCGUCCUGCCUGCGCGCACGGUGCCUGCACAGUCCCCGGCCCACCGGAAACCCGGCGGCGGGCCCUGCGGGCGGUGCUGCUGUCUAAACCAGCAAAUCACCCAGAGGUGUGGUGACGCGGCCCUCCUGGUCACAACGAUUCCCGCCUGCACCCUGCCUGCCCAUCCUGACCAGCUCUGCUCAUUGUUCUUCCUCGCGUCUCUUGCAGUUGCUGACCCUGCCCCGUCUGACUCUGCCCUUUUGAGGGUGCCUGAGCUUUCUGGAAUAGCAGCAGCCGCAGCAGCCAUGGCUCCGCCCUGGGUGCCCGCCGUGGGCUUCACACUGGCGCCCAGCCUGGGGUGCUUUGCAGGCUCCUACUUUGUGCGCGGGGAGAGCAUCCGCUGGCACGCCAGCCUGCAGAAGCCCUCCUGGCACCCGCCCCGCUGGGUGCUGGUUUCCGCCUGGGGUGCACUCUACUCAGCCAUGGGGUACGGCUCCUACAUGGUCUGGAAAGAGCUGGGAGGCUUCACGGAGGAGGCUGUGGUCCCCCUGGGCCUCUACGCUGGGCAGCUGGCCCUGAACUGGUCAUGGCCCCCCAUCUUCUUUGGUGCUCGACAAAUGGGUUGGGCCCUGGUGGACCUCCUGCUGGUCAGUGGGGUGGCAACGGCCACGACCAUGGCCUGGCACCGCGUGAGCCCGCCCGCUGCCCGCCUGCUGUACCCCUACCUGGCCUGGCUGGCCUUUGCAACCACACUCAACUACUGCUUGUGGCGGGACAACCAGGGCCGGCGUGGCGGGCGGCUCGAGGAGUGAGAGCCCGGCCUGCUGAGACGACCGACGGGCGGCCACCAGGGGCUGUGGGUGUGGCCGCCACGCUUUCGUGGCCAACUGGUCUGUCUGGGCCUUGGCCUAAGGUCCCCAGCAGCUCCAGGGGUGCGGGCCUGGGGAAGUGUCCGGCUUUCUGCACCGCUCGGAGCGUGACCUCGGGGCACAGGGUUUGAUGACCAAAUAAAGCCUCCGACCUCCCA